AUGGUACCAAAAAGUAUUUCUGCUAUUGUUGGCCUGUUAUUUAUUGUAGUUAUUAUCAAUGGUGGGAUCGAUGACAAGUGUCUUGAAUGUAUUUGUCAAGUUGAAUCAAAAUGUUUACCACUGCCAUGUGCAUGGGAUGUCAAUUCAUUAUCAUGUGGUUAUUAUCAGUUGAAAGAACUUUAUUGGGAAGAUUGUGGUUCACCAGGUGAUUCAUUUGAAGAUUGUGCAGCAAAUAAAACCUGUUCAGAAGAAUGUGUACGUACAUAUGUGGAUCUUUAUGCUCAAUCAUGUAUUAAGCAUGGUAUACCAACUUGUGAAGAUUAUGCUCGUAUUCAUAAUGGAGGUCCUAGGGGGUGUCGAAAGAAAGCAACACUUCCAUAUUGGCAAAAAGUUUCUGCCUGUUAUUCUACAUCUUAA